AUGUCGUUCGGAAUCAAGAACGCGGGGGCCACUUACCAGCGAUUGGUCACCAAAAUGUUUAAGGACCAGCUCAGCAAAACGAUGGAGGUCUACAUUGAUGAUAUGCUGGUAAAGUCGGCAAAGAAAGAGGACCACAUUGAUCAUUUGAAGGAAGCCUUCGAGAUAUUGAGGAAGUACGGGAUGAAGUUGAAUCCGGGAAAAUGCGCUUUUGGCGUAGCCUCGAGGAAAUUCCUGGGCUUCCUCGUAUCACAACGAGGGAUCCAAGUCAACCCUGAUCAGAUCAAGGCCAUCGAUGCAAUACCUGAGGUACUAACCAGCAAGAAACGGGAACAAAAGUUAACAGGGCGAAUAGCCGCCUUGUCGAGAUUCAUUUCACGGUCCUCAGCUAGAUGCCACAAGUUCUUCAACGUACUAAGAAAGGAUCACGGGCUACAAUGGAAUGAGGAAUGCAUUGACGCCCUGAAAAAGCUAAAAGCAUACCUAUCUUCACCACCCCUACUCGUCAAAGCGAACCCAGGCGAAUGUUUGCUCGUGUAUUUGGCAGUAUCCGAGAUCGCUGUCAGUGCGGUCUUGGUCAGCGAAGACAAAGGUACGCAAUCUCCUAUUUACUAUAUCAGCAAAACUUUAAUAGACGCCGAGACAAGGUACCCUCACCUUGAAAAACUGGCCCUGGCCCUAGUCGUAGCUGCCUGCAAGCUAAGACCUUAUUUCCAAUGCCACCCCAUAAAGGUAAUAACAACCUUCCCCCUAAGGGGCGUCCUACAUAAGCCCGAGCUCUCAGGCAGACUCGCCAAAUGGGAAAUAGAGCUCAGCGAGCACGAUAUAACUUACCAACCGCAAACUGCCAUCAAGUCGCAGGUACUCGCUGAUUUUGUCGCCGACUUUAGCGCGGAGAUAUUGCCAGAGGCGGAACAAGAAGCGCUCCGCGCUUCCGCAUGUUUGAAGUUAGCCCUUCAAUACGGUGCCCGGCGGCUCAUCCUCCAUUGCGACUCUCAACUCGUCGUAAAUCAAGUCACUGGGACUUUCCAGAUCAAAGAGCAAAGGCUGCAGAAAUAUCAGUCUGAGAUCCAUAAGUUAUUGCGGGAGUUCGAAGAAUGCCACCUCGAUCAGAUUCCUAGAGCACAAAACAUUGAAGCAGAUGGCCUCGCCAAAUUGGCUGCGGCCAUCAAGAAUAUCAAUAAAGAGAACGUGGUCACCCUCCUUCACUCGGUCAUAGACCAUGUCGAGGACGGAACACUCCCGCAAGACAAAAAGGAAGCCAAGAAACUCCGGACACAAGCGGCUCGAUACAGCCUAAUAGAUCAUAACCUCUACAAGAAAACGUUCGGCGGACCCUUGGCCAAAUGUCUGGGGCCGCACCAAACAAGGCAAGUACUGGAGGAAGUACACGAGGGUCAUUGCGGAGCCCACACAGGGAACCGCCCCCUCGUUCGAUGCCUCAUUCGUGCUGGAUACUACCGGCCCACUAUGAAAAAGGAAGUAGCAGACUAUGUCCGGAGAUGCGAGCACUACGACAACGGAUCCCAGUUUGUCGGAAAGAAAACGAUCGAGUUCUUCGAAAAAUGGCACAUCAAGCGCAUACUCUCCACACAAUAUCAUCCCGCUGCGAACGGCCAAGCCGAGUCCUCCAACAAAGUGGUAUUGAACAUAUUAAAAAAGAAGCUCGAAGAAGCCAAAGGGCUAUGGCCUGAAUUAUUACCUGGAGUACUAUGGGCAUAUCGAACUGCACCAAAGUCCAGCACGGGAGAAACGCUAUAUUCACUGGUCUACGGGACCGAAGCGGUCAUACCCGUCGAAGUUGGGGAGCCCAGCCUGAGAUACUCCCAUAUAAGCGGAGCAGUUAACGACGAGAGUAGGUUGCAAGACCUAGAUAUGGUCGAAGAACGGAGAGAUAUGGCCCACAUAAGAACGAUAGCCCAGAAGCAGCAAGUAGAGAGGUAUUACAACAAGAAGGCAAAGGUAAGAUCACUCAAAGUUGGCGACUACGUCCUCAAAGCCAAAACACUGGCAUCAAAGGACCCAAAUGAAGGAAAGCUGGGAACCAACUGGGACGGACCAUAUAAAAUCACAGCGACGGCAAACAAAGGAGCCUUCCAAUUGGAAAUAAUGGAAGGAAAGCCGCUCCAAAAUAACUGGAACGUCGCCCACCACAAAAAUCUCCAUUAUAUGAACGGAAGUCGAUCUCCAUUGUACAAACAGAAAUCUCCAUUAUAUGAACGGAAGUUGAUACACUAG